GAACAACCGCUCUCUCUCUCUUUCUCACUCAGCGCUCCAUUUGUGAGCUCCUGGUCUUCUAAACAGGAUCUCGUCUUUCUCCUCCUCCUCCAUCCGACUGCACCGCCACCUUUUUCCAUUUUUUGGCCACUGCGAAUACGCCGUUUUGGGGUUUACGAGUCUCGCAGGACGCGCAUCUUGUGGAUUUCUCCCCUUGCGAGCUGACGUUGAUGGUGCGUUGCGAGGAGUUACUCUCACUUCUCGGGUAGAACAAAAUGUGGCCGGGCAUAGUGGCGACACUUUGCUUGUGUUUGUGCGGCGACUCGAUGGCUGGCUUUCCCAACCAAAUCAACAUCGGUGGCCUCUUCAUGCGCUCCACGGUGCAGGAGCACAGCGCCUUCAGGUUUGCGGUGCAGCUUUACAACACCAACCAGAACGCCACCGAGAAACCCUUCCACCUCAACUAUAACGUCGACAACCUCGAGUCCUCAAACAGCUUCUCCGUCACACAUGCCUUCUGCUCUCAGUUCUCCCGAGGAGUCUACGCCAUCUUUGGCUUUUACGACAGGAAGUCCAUGAACACGCUGACCUCAUUCUGCGGGGCGCUGCACACCUCCUUCAUUACGCCCAGCUUCCCCAUCGACGUGGACGCACAGUUUGUCAUCCAGAUGAGGCCCGGCUUGCGAGGCGCCGUUCUCAGUCUCCUGGACCAUUACAAGUGGGAGAAGUUUGUCUACCUUUACGACACCGAUAGAGGUUUCACCAUCCUCCAGGCCAUCAUGGAGUCGGCCGUGGCGAACAACUGGCAGGUGACGGCGCGCUCGGUGGGGAACAUCGUGGACCCCGCCGACUAUCGACGCAUCAUCGAGGAGAUGGACCGCCGGCAGGAGAAACGCUUCCUCGUCGACUGUGAGGUGAACAGGAUCAACUCAAUUCUAGAGCAGGUGGUGAUUGCGGGCAAAAACACCAGAGGCUACCACUAUAUCCUCGCCAACCUGGGUUUUUCCAACAUGAGCUUGGACAGGGUGUUUUCCGGCGGAGCCAACAUCACAGGCUUCCAGAUCAUCAACCCGGAAAGCGCCAUCGUCCAGCAAUUUCUCCAACGCUGGGAGCGUCUUGACGAAAGAGAAUUCCCCGAAGCCAAAAACACGCCACUAAAGUACACAUCGGCGCUGACCCAUGAUGCCAUCCUCAUCAUCUCUGAGGCCUUCCGCUACCUUCGGCGCCAGCGCGUGGACGUGUCCCGCAGGGGGAGCGCAGGCGACUGCCUGGCUAAUCCCGCCGUGCCCUGGAGUCAAGGCAUCGACAUAGAGAGAGCUCUGAAAAUGGUUCAAGUUCAAGGCAUGACAGGAAACAUCCAGUUUGACACAUUCGGACGUAGAGCUAACUACACAAUCGAUGUGUACGAAAUGAAGACAGGAGGUCCGAGGAAGAUCGGCUACUGGAAUGAAUAUGAAAAAUUUGUAUAUGUAAUGGAUCAACAGGUCACCAACGAAUCGUCUUCUGUGGAAAACCGAACAAUUGUGGUCACUACUAUUAUGGAAGCGCCGUAUGUGAUGUACAAGAAAAACUAUAUGCAGCUGGACGGGAAUGACAGAUAUGAAGGCUACUGUGUCGAUUUAGCGUCUGAAAUUGCAAAGCAUGUGGGCAUAAGAUAUAAGCUGUCAGUAGUUCCGGAUGGAAAGUACGGAGCCAGAGAUCCGGAGACCAAGACGUGGAACGGGAUGGUGGGUGAACUGGUGUACGGGAGAGCUGACAUAGCGGUGGCUCCUCUCACUAUAACGUUGGUUCGAGAAGAAGUGAUAGACUUUUCAAAGCCCUUUAUGAGCUUGGGCAUCUCCAUUAUGAUAAAGAAACCGCAAAAGUCCAAGCCCGGCGUCUUUUCCUUCCUGGACCCGCUGGCCUAUGAGAUUUGGAUGUGUAUAGUGUUCGCUUAUAUCGGCGUGAGCGUGGUGCUGUUCCUGGUGAGCCGCUUCAGUCCUUACGAGUGGCAUCUGGAUGAGAACGAUGAGGCCAAAGACCCUCAAAGCCCCCCCGACCCGCCCAACGACUUUGGCAUUUUUAAUAGCCUCUGGUUCUCGCUGGGUGCCUUCAUGCAGCAAGGAUGCGAUAUCUCGCCAAGGUCGCUCUCGGGCCGCAUCGUCGGAGGAGUGUGGUGGUUCUUCACCCUCAUCAUCAUCUCCUCCUACACGGCCAACCUGGCAGCCUUCCUCACCGUGGAGAGGAUGGUUUCUCCCAUCGAGAGCGCCGAAGACCUGGCCAAGCAGACGGAGAUCGCCUACGGGACAUUAGACUCAGGCUCUACAAAGGAAUUCUUUAGGCGCUCCAAAAUAGCCGUUUACGAGAAAAUGUGGUCAUACAUGAAAUCGGCGGAACCGUCGGUGUUUGCCAAGACAACACCGGACGGGGUCUCCCGGGUACGAAAGUCGAAGGGAAAGUUCGCCUUUCUCCUGGAGUCCACUAUGAAUGAGUACAUAGAGCAACGCAAGCCGUGCGACACCAUGAAAGUGGGCGGCAACCUCGACUCCAAAGGCUACGGCGUGGCCACACCCAAAGGCUCCGCAUUAAGAAAUGCUGUUAACCUGGCAGUGUUAAAACUGAAUGAGCAAGGCCUCUUGGACAAAUUGAAAAACAAAUGGUGGUACGACAAAGGAGAGUGCGGCAGCGGGGGAGGUGACUCUAAGGACAAGACAAGUGCACUAAGCCUAAGCAACGUGGCAGGAGUCUUCUAUAUUCUGGUGGGGGGGCUCGGCCUGGCUAUGACCGUGGCGCUCAUAGAGUUUUGCUACAAGUCUCGGCAAGAGACUAAAAGACUCAAACUGGCAAAGAAUGCACAAAAUUUUAAGCCGGCCCCUCCGGUGAACAGCCAGAAUUUUGCCACGUACCGUGAAGGCUACAAUGUGUACGGGACAGAAAGUGUCAAAAUCUAAGGGGAAGCGAAAGGUGGCAAAUUCCCAAGGGUACGCCGCUUGUGUGACCCUGACGCUCGGCCGCCGCGUGGACAACGGGAGGCGUUCUUUUGCGAGACCCGCCACAAAAACACAGUGCCUCGAAGUGCCUUACGGAGCUUUCGGUGUCAUGGCAAUUGACAUUCACUUGAAAUUAUACGUGUGUGGAGUUAAAAAGGGAAUAGUGUCAACGUUCACUUUUACGUUUGACAUCAUCGAGAACUGGAACCAUCUUGAUUUCAAUUCUGUUGAGCAGGAGUCGCCAACAUUUUGGAAAUUGUGAGCUGCUUUUUCAGUAACGCGAAGGGCUUGCAGUUUGAUACACGCUUUGGAAAUUUGAGUUUUUAAAAUUCUACGCCGCCCCUAAAGGGACAUCGACAGAAAUAAGAAUAAACUUUUUGCAACAAUUGGCUAACUUGCAGAGCAAAAGUCCGCUAGCUUAAAUGCUACAUAACGCUAAUGUUUACCCAGAUAGCAGACCGACACUGAAAAGAUGUUGGAUCAACAUUCUGCUGUCGAUCUUAUGUCGUUGAAUAAACGUCACUUUUGCACCCUCAAUUUUUUUUCAACACUGAAAUCUUUACAAAACCUAAACGUCAUUUAGAGUAUUAAUAAUGUUGGAACAACGCUAAAUCAAUUUUUUCGACCAAAAUGCCCGCUCAUCCAUAAUUCAAUGACUUUUCAAUCAUAUUCCCCGGUCAAUCAUAAAUCAGCUAUUUGUCAACAUUAGUUCAUCAACUAUAAAACAAUGUUAACCCAACCAUCGCCUGACAUACCAUAGAACGUUGUUUCAACGUCAUUUGACGUCGAAAAUUUCAAUAACCAUACUGAGGAUUUUGAUGGAAAAUCAACGUUUAUUCAAUGUCUGUCUGCUAUCUGGGUUACAACAAUUGACUAGCUUGCAUAACAAAAUUCCGCUAUCUUGAAUGAGAGAAAUAAGAAUAAACUUUUUGGAACAAUUGGCGCAUUAGCAAAAGUCCGUUAGCUUAAAUGCUAUAUAUUGCUAACGUCUACAACAACUGGAUAACUGGCAUAGCAAAGACCGCUAGCUUAAAUGCUACAUAAUGCUAAUGUUUACAACAAUUUGCAAACUUGCAUGGCAAAAUCCGCUAGCUUAAAUGCUACAUAAUGCAAACGUUUACAACAAUUGGCUAGCUUGCAUAGCAAAAGUCCACCAGCUUAAAUGCUAUAUAAUGCUCAUGUUUACAACAAUUGGCUACCUUGCAUAGCAAAGUCCGCUAGCUUAAAUACUACAUAAUGCUAAUGUUUACGUAACUGGUACACGCAGGUCGGCGUGUGUGAGAAACCUUCCCUCCGAUGCCUUCAUGUGGUUGCGCUGGCGGCUAGGCCAUCAGCUCGAGCUUAUGGCCUAGCGGUUAGUGUUUCCGCCUGCCGAGCGGAUGUGGUGCGUGUUCUAAUCUUGACCUGAGCGAAGUGGGAUCAGAACACAGGUGCAGCGCGGACACACCAGUUACAUUGGUGCCGUGACCCGGAUCGGCAGCGAAGGUUUUCGGGGAGUGAGAUUAAUGUGUACCCACCUUCAUGUGGGUGGGCUGGCGGCUAGGCUGUCAGCUCGAGUUUAUGGCCUAGCGCAGGGGUCCCCAAACUUUUUCCUGUGAGGGCCACAUAACUUUUCCCUUCUCUGAUGAGGGGCCGGGGUCAGUUUGUAACAGAAAAAGUGUGACGAUUGCAGGAGUGCCUAAAUGUAAAAAAAUAUUGUUUUUCAGAAAACCACAAUCAUAAGUAAAUAAAAUAAAAAUAAUAAUAUAAUAAUAAAUAAUAAUAACACUAUUAAUUAAAUAGAUGAUAACCAAAUAACCCUCUCUGAGUUCUUCACAGAAAAAGGCCAGGAAAUAAAUAACACUUAAGAAAAAAAAAAAAAAAUUCAAAAUGGUUUCUGGUUUUGUUCAGGGGGCCGGACCAAAUGUGGAGGCGGGCCGUAGUUUGGGGACCCCUGGCCUAGCGGUUAGUGUUUCCACCUGCUGAGUGACGCGUCAGGCGCCGCGUGUUCAAGUCUUGACCUGAGCGAGGUGGGAUCGGAACAUGGGUGCGGCGCGGACACACCGGUUACAUUUACAACAAUUGGCUAGCUUGCAUAGCAAAAUUCCGCAAUUUUGAAUGAGAGAAAUAUAAUCUUUUAACAACAAUUGGCUAACUUGCAUAGCAAAGGUCCGCUAGCAUAAAUGCUACAUAAUGCUAAUGUUUACAACAAUUGGCUAGCUUGCAUAGCAAAGUCAGCUAACUUAAAUGCUACAUAAGGCUAACUUUUACAAUAAUUGGCUAGCUUGCAUAGCAAAAUUCCGCUAUUUUAAA